AUGCCCAUCACCCUCAAAAGCGCCAACCCUAGCAGUGGCGCCUCCAACAACCUAUCCCUUGACGUCCCUAGUAUCGUGCGCAGUGUGAUCGAAGACAUCCGGCAGAAUGGCGAUAAAGCACUGCGCUCGUAUUCAGAAAAGUUCGACAAAUGGAGCCCCGAUAGCUUCAAACUGUCCAAGGAGCAGAUUGACGAGAUCGUCAGCACUGUCCCCGCACAGGUCAUUGAGGAUAUCAAGACCGUGCAGCAGAACGUGCGGACCUUUGCCGAAGAGCAGCGCAAGUCCAUCAGGGACUUUGAGUAUCAGAUUCAGCCGGGGGUGUUUCUGGGGCAGAAGAAUAUCCCCAUCUCUGCGGUCGGCGCGUACAUUCCCGGCGGGCGCUACCCCCUCCUCGCCUCAGCCCACAUGACAAUUGUGACUGCCAAAGCCGCCGGUGUUUCGCGUGUCAUUGCCUGUACGCCCCCUAUUCAAGGCAAAAUCCCGGCAUCGACGGUGGCGGCGAUCCACCUAGCUGGUGCAGAUGAAAUAUAUAUCCUCGGCGGCGUGCAAGCGAUUGCGGCAAUGGCAUUGGGAACCGAAUCUAUCAACAAGACCGACUUCAUCGCAGGCCCGGGGAAUCCGUUCGUUGCAGAGGCCAAGCGGCAACUCUUCGGCGAGAUCGGGAUCGACCUGCCCGCCGGUCCGACGGAGGUGCUUAUUGUAGCGGACGCCAAAGCCGAUCCCUUUGUCGUUGCAACAGACCUGCUGUCGCAAGCGGAGCAUGGGCCCGAUACGCCCGCCAUUCUGAUCACGGAUUCGAGGGAUGUUGCGGAGAAGACGAUCAAAGAGGUUGAAAGACUGCUACCGAUCCUUCCGACUAGGGCGCUGGCGGCGGUUUCAUGGGAGAGGUUCGGAGAGGUACAACUUGUUGAGGAUCUGAAUGAGGCGUACAAACUUGCAGAUGAGUAUGCGAGUGAGCACGUUCAGAUUUUGACGGAGAACCCUAGGGAGGCGCUGGUCAAGAUGAAGAACUACGGGGCGCUCUUCCUUGGCGAGAAGACGUGCGUUUCGUAUGGAGAUAAGUGUAUUGGAACUAACCAUGUUCUGCCCACUAAAAGCGCAGCGCGCUUCACUGGCGGCCUCUGGGUCGGCAAAUAUCUGAAGACCGUUACCUACCAAGAGGUAACAGACGCGAAAGCCAGUGGCGAACUCGGUCGUCUGUGUGGCCGUGCUGCUCGGGCAGAGGGGUUUGAAGGCCAUGCUCGGUCUGGAGACGUUCGCGCUCAUAAUUAUCUGAGCGACUCGUUUGAGUGGCUUGCUGAACCAAGCGGGGUUUGA